UCUCUCUCUCUCUCGCAAUUCUCACAAGAUAUGUUUCUCCUUUAACAUCGCUCUGUUCUGCUCUGCUCCCCUUCUCUGGGUUUAAUCUCCGCCGUUCAUCUUCCGGCGUUUUUCGCUUUCUUUUCCUCUGUCUUCAUCUGUAGCUUGAGGUUGUGGUUAACUGGUCAUCAAGAUCCAGGCUUUUCGUUUUUCCGGUCGCCGGAGAACAUUUUUUUCUGUUUCUGGACAUACCCUCUUGUUCAGUUUCCUUUAAUUUCCGUUUUUUCCCAUUGUUUCUGAACUGUAAUUCAUAUCGAUACCAGUUUACUUCUUUUCCAUAUUUGCUUGGGUGUUGUUACUCCGAGAGUGGAGUUCCACGAGGUUUUCUUUGGAGGAAAAGCAUAAAGUUUUUAUCUUUAUUCAAGAAAGUUGGUCUGUGAUCCAAGACUUUCCCGAGUGUGAACAGGGCUGUUCAGUAAUCACAGAAUUUGAGGAGUUUGUAACAUCCUCGGAUCUAAUAUUUGUCGGAUCAUAGUUGUAUACAAAGAAAAGCGAGAGGAAAGUGUUCUCUUGGCUCAGAAACUUCAGAAGCAGAAGUGGCGUAGGCAAAUUAAUGGUCCCAGCGCCGAUGACUUCUCAGGAUCAAAAUGGAGGGAUGGGCAACUGCAUUUCUGCUAGGAGAAUUCAACAAUCAGAUGAACAUGCUAUAAAGGUUAGGAAACCGUACACGAUAACGAAACAAAGGGAAAGGUGGACUGAAGAAGAGCAUAGGAAGUUCCUUGAUGCUUUGAAACUGUAUGGUAGAGCGUGGAGGCGAAUAGAAGAACAUGUGGGCACAAAGACAGCAGUUCAGAUUAGAAGCCAUGCCCAAAAGUUUUUCUCAAAGGUCGAGCGCGAGUCUAAUGGUGAUGAUGCAAAAACUGUGAAACCUAUUGAAAUCCCUCCUCCUCGCCCGAAAAGAAAACCUAUGCAUCCUUAUCCUCGUAAACUGGUCAUAACUCCGGUUAGUGUAGGCAUGCUGGAUCUUGAGAAACCGACUAGGUCUGUGUCCCCUAACCUGUCUUUCUCGGGGAAAGAGAACCAGUCUCCUACUUCUGUAUUGUUUGCGCUCGAUUCAGAAGGCCAAGCCUCAGCAGAUUCAUCGCCAAAUGCUAGCCCGUCGUGUGUCACAUCAGCUACUGGUGGUGGCAUUCUAUUCUCUAAACAUUGCAAUGUGUUGGUAGAGGAGAAUGGAUCUUCUUCCCUGUUACAAGUGAAUACCGAUGAUCCUACUCCAAUUGAGCCACCUCCCGGGAAUCUCGAAUUGCUUCCUCUCGAUGAUGGUUAUGUUAGGGAAAACUCUACAGCUCAAUAUCUGAAGCUUUUUGGGAAAACCGUAUUAGUUAAUGGUUCCCAUACACUUCAAUCUCCAACUUCUGGAGACUUGAAGGCUCUAAAGAUGGCAAUACAACCGUUCUCUUGGAACUUCUUAUCGAUAGGGCAUGGUGAUUCUGAAUGCAAGCCGAGUACCUUUGCUGAUGGAACCCUAACACCUCGGUCAGUCUAUCACCUGCCACUUGCACAAAACGAAUAUCCAAAGACGAUGGAAAGCAUUAAUCCGGUUCCUUCCCUCCCAUGGGCGUUGCCUCGUGCUCCUUCUUCUGCUGGUUUUCCUUGUGUGGUGCAGGUUCAUAGCCCCAUUCCAAUCAAAGCACGUCCAUUGUCGUUUGACAGCAAGGACGUUGAAGAGAAAGAAAAGGAAGGAUCUUCCACUUGUUCAAACAGUGGAUCAGUAAAUGUAGGAAUAUGUGUUGACAAGAAUUUGGAUACCGAAACUCAGAGUGGGCAGCAAUCAUUCGAAAAACUAGGGAGCGAUUCGUCGUGCAUUAUUAAACCUACUAUUUUGGAGCAAAAAACUGCAAGCUCCACUAAGAGAACAAAGGGGUUUUUACCAUACAAGAGAUGUUUAGCGGAAAGAGCAACGCGUUCGCCCACAAUAACGAGCGAAGAGCGAGAGAAACAGCGAACCCGCCUAUGUUUAUAGCAGUUAUAACCAGUGAAGAGCGAGAGAAACAGCGAACGCGUCUAUGUUUAUAGCAGGCUCUAACUGCUGGCUUGUUGUUUAAUUAUUUCCACUUGAUGAUGAGAAAUUUUGUGACAGUAAUGCUGGAUUGGCUUGAAGGGCAAUACAUACCCAAGCAGUUCAGCUCUUCCUUGCUGGCUUGUCCCCAUUUUCUUCCCCUGAAUUGUCCAAAUACCAGUCAUCUUCUACUACUGCAAAGACCUUGCAUAAUGCAGGAUUCUUGUACAUUAUUCUUGCAUAUUAUAAGAAUGAUCUUACAUCUUGUAAUAUUUCCAUUUGAUUUCUCAACUGUAAAAUGUGAAUAAUGGUGGCAGUUCUUUAAUUAAUGUAAGAGGUUGCUAGCUUGCCAUAAA